AUGACCUUCGAUUUCCACCUUACACAAACCUUACAAAAUUCUGAAGGUUCAAUUGUUGCUCUUGCAUUUUCGAAGGACUACCGAUAUUUAGGAAGCGCAAGCAAGGAUGGUCAAAGAGAUGGAAUUGUUCGAAUCUACAAUGUGGAAGUUCGAUACCAGACGAUAUGGUACCAUCGACAGUUAUCUCAAUUCGAAACUAUCAACUGGGAUAACGAUUGCAGUCUAAUCAUGGGAACCGCGAAAGGAGAAUUAUUGACAUUCAGUCCACAACUAAGAGAGCGCCAUGGAAAGCCCGACGUUGUUCAUAAGUUCUCUUCACCCAUUCACUCGAUUGAGUUCAAUGACUGCGGGAAUGAAAUGCUCACCUGCGCGGGCGAUGAUAUCAACGUCAUGAAGAAAGAAGGUGACCGCUGGAUAUUCCAAAGGCUCUUUCAUUGCGUUAUCUCUCCCAGUGCCAGUCAUAAUCUCCAAUUUCUACCGGUUGUUGUUAGUAGCGCCCACUUUUUAGAAGAUCAAAGACAUUCUGUGAUCACGUUUCUACAUCAUGGACUUUGGAAAAUCAAUCUCGAAUCAGGCCAUAGCCAAUGGAUUGUCUAUCCGGACGAUCAAAUAGGGGCAACGGCAAUCGCUCCAGAUUGUACUGCACUAAUGGUGGCGAACUCGACGAAAGGCCUUAACCUUUAUAUUUUAUCCUCGGACUCUUGGAAGAAGAAGACUCACACAUACCUUGAGCGUGCGGAGCUACCUAUCAUGUCAAGCACACACCUGCCCGUCAUCUUCAUAGAUAAGGGCCACGCUGCGGUAGUGGGGACUGCUAAUGGUUAUGCAGUGAUCUGUGAUUCUGAGAAUGGAGGAAGGAUUCAAACUCUUCGUCAUUCUUCCUCCGAUUCUCUGAUAAGCGGGCUCGCAUACCAUGAAGAAAACCUUUCAAUUGCAACCGGAGAUGUGGACGGCAAUAUCAGUAUCUGGGAUCUGGGAUCCCCGGACAGCAAGCGGAUUCGAGUUUUGGGGACGCUUGUACCUGUGGCGGUCAGAUAUUAUUAUUCUUACGAAGAUUACUCCUAA